AUGAGGGGCUGUUUAGCCGUCUGCGUCACUUCUUUGAAGUGCACUUAUGCACCGACGGCCCCCAAGUUGAAACGUUACCUGCGGGACAAAACUGUCAAUCACAGGGGAGAGCAUAUAAAUAUAAUCCGAGUGGAGCAAGGCAACAUCAUCAGUUGCUCUCCUGUCUCCCUGUCUGAGCACACAUCUGGAAUACAACAAGUGAACUACAUUUUGGAGCACAGUCAUGCGACCUCUGAAUCUUCUCACGGCCAUGGCCAUGCUCUGUCAUUUCCAGCCGGCAUCCUCUUGGCGUUUUUGACUUAUGCCAGCAGUGUGCAAGUGGGUGCGCAGAGUGGAAUUAAAGAGUGCAAACAUCAAUUCGCCUGGGAUAAAUGGAACUGUCCAGAGAGCACGCUUCAGCUCUCCACACACAAAGGCCUUCGGAGUGCCACCAGAGAGACGUCUUUUGUACACGCAAUCAGCGCUGCUGGGGUGAUGUACACUCUCACCAAGAACUGCAGCAUGGGGGACUUCGACAACUGCGGCUGCGAUGACUCCCGGAUCGGACAGAGUGGUGGAAGAGGGUGGGUUUGGGGAGGCUGCAGUGACAAUGUGGCGUUUGGGGAAAAGAUCUCCAAACAGUUUGUGGACUCCUUAGAGGAUGGGCACGACUCUCGCGCGGCAGUGAACUUACACAACAACCAGGCAGGAAGACUGGCAGUGAAGGCAACAAUGAGGAAAGCCUGCAAGUGCCACGGAGUUUCUGGAAGCUGCAGCAUCCAAACUUGUUGGAUGCAGCUGGCCGACUUCAGGGAGGUGGGGAACUACCUGAAGAUGAAAUACGCACACGCCAAGAAGCUGGAGAUGGACAAGAGGCCGGUGAGAGCGGGCAACAGCGCGGACAACCGGGGGGCCAUCGCGCACACGUUCCGGAGCAUCGCCAGAACGGAGCUCAUCUACCUGGAGGACUCUCCCAAUUACUGCGUCAAGAACCAGAGUCUGGGGGUGCAGGGCACGGAGGGCCGGGAGUGCCUGAAGAGCGAGAAGAACAUGUCCCAGUGGGAGAGGAAGAGCUGCCGCAGGCUGUGCUACGAAUGCGGCCGCAGGGUGGUGGAGAGGCGCGCCGAGGUGGUCAGCAGCUGCAACUGCAAGUUCCACUGGUGCUGCACGGUCAAGUGCGAGAAAUGCACACAGGUGGUCACUAAAUACUACUGCACGCGGAGGGAAGAGGAAAAUGGCGCAUUCCUUAUUUUGGCUCCUGUUCUUGCUAUUCAAAAUGCAACCGGUUCAUGCAUGGCCUAUCUCACCUACGCAAGGAGUGUGCAGGUGGGCACGCAGAGUGGGAUUGAAGAGUGUAAACACCAGUUUGCGUGGGACAGAUGGAACUGUCCGGAUGGCGCAACCCAGCUCAAAGGACUCAGACUGGCCACCAGGGAGACUUCUUUCGUGCACGCCAUCAGUGCUGCAGGAGUGAUGUACACCCUGACUAGAAACUGUAGUAUGGGGGACCUGGAAAACUGUGGCUGCGAUGUCUCAAAUAAUGGGAAAAUUGGCGGUCGAGGCUGGCUAUGGGGGGGCUGCAGCGAUAACGUGGACUUCGGAGAGAGGAUUUCCAAAUUGUUCGUGGACGCGCAGGAGACAGGCCAGGACUCCAGAGCCGCUGCCGUGAAGGCAACGAUGAAGCGCAUCUGCAGAUGCCACGGGAUGUCCGAGAGCUGCAGCGUCCGGACCUGCUGGACGCAGCUGUCCGAUUUCAGAGAAAUCGGCAAUUACUUGAAGCUCAAGCACGGCCAGGCGCAAAAGUUUGCCACGGACAACAAGCGCGAGAGGGCCGGGAACAGCGCGGACAGCCGCGGGGCCAUGGCGGACGCGUUCGGGGGGGUCGCCCAGACGGAGCUCGUCUACCUGGAGGAGUCCCCGGACUACUGCAGGAGGAACGCCAGCGCGGGGCUGCAGGGCACGGAGGGCCGGGAGUGCGUGCAGCACGGGGACGCGCUGAGCCCGUGGGAGAGACGCAGCUGCCGCCGGCUGUGCACCGACUGCGGCCUGCGGGUGGAGGAGAGGCGCACGGAGGUGGUGAGCAGCUGCAACUGCAAGUUCCACUGGUGCUGCAAGGUGAACUGCGAGGACUGCUCCCAGGUCCUGGUCAAGCACGUGUGCGCCAGGAGGGACGCCGGAGACGGCUUCAGCCUGAAACGGAGGCACCGUGGACCCAAAUGA